CUUGGCAAAGAGAAAUAUACGUAAAAAGGGGAUGUUAGAAGUGCAUGAACAGGAGCAGUACAAUCAUCUACAUAAAUGGAUGAACCACAAGUGGGACUUUAUAGUGAUGCAAGCCAAAGAACAGUACAGCCGGGAACAAGUAGUGGGAUGGACUGUGGUCUAGAGCGACUGGCAGAUCCCAAUCAGGAGGAGAUAAAAACAUCUGACUUCUACAGAAGAAUAAUCAUCUUCACUCAACAGUGCAUCAUGAGACCAAGAGUAAAGUCGUCUGUGUCUAUUGGAGCGCUUGUGAAGUACACAACAACAUACAAACAGCAUGACCCCUUUCUUUAUUCAUGCCUCCCGAGCAAUCCCUGGUUAACUGAUGAUGUAACAUACUGGGAUCUUAACAUGGCAAAUGUUGAGAACCCUACAAAAAUGAGAGUGGAGCGCUGGACUUUCAGCUUCGGUGAGCUGCUCUCCGAUCCUCGUGGACGCUCAGAUUUCCGUCUGUUCCUGAAGAAGGAAUUUAGUGGUGAGAAUCUUGCUUUUUGGGAGGCAUGUGAAGAUCUGAAAUGGGGGGCUGCAGCUACAAUGAAAGAGAAAGCUCAACAGAUCUACAAAACUUUCCUGGCUCGUGGAGCUCCUCGCUGGAUCAACAUUGAUGGAAAGACCAUGGAGAUCACUGUGAAGGGUCUGUCUCACCCUCAUCGUUAUGUCUUGGAUGCUGCCCAAACCCACAUCUACAUGCUCAUGAAAAAGGACUCAUAUGGACGAUAUCUGAAGUCGACUGUAUUUAAAGACACUCUGAAAAAGGCUGUUGCUCCUGAGCCACACAGAUUCAGUGAUGCCCAGCUGGAGCAGAAUGCCAAAAAGCGAAGGCCCAGCCUGAGCCCCAUCAUCCUGAGGCAGCAGGAGGAGGCACAAAAGGCCAAGCUGGCAGCCAGUGGCCCAGUGGACAUCACACAGCUGUGCCGCUACACUGCACCUGUGCCUCAUCUGGCUGUGUACACAGGUAUGUGUGAUCCCCAGUCCACUACCUCUCCAGGGCUAAUGACCCUGCCCAACAGUGCUGCAUGCCCCUCUCCAAUCAGCAUUGCCAUUGACAGCACUCCAGCCUCUGAGAGGAGGUUUGAUGGCAGUGGUCCUGCCGCGUCCCAUUUUCCAUCCAUCACUGAAAGUGCUGAGACCUCGGUGUCUGAGGACAGCCAGCCUCCUGCGUCCAAGUCCCGCGUAGCCCUCUCGCUGAGCCGAAUCCUCCGCCGAGGAUGCAAUGCCCCAUCUGUUUUUGCCAGCCUCUCACCAAAAUGUGCCGUGACAGCAGGGGGAGGUAGGGUGCAACCCCUGGGAGUGGAGCAGCUCACACAACCCCAGCCCAAAAGGAUUGCAAAUUUUUUCCAGAUCAAAGUUGACAUUCCUCCUGAAUGUCGCAUCUACCCCAUCGACUCUGAGGACGAAGAGGAGGGGAGUCCUGGUGCAGCAAGAGGAGCGGUGAAGGAAAUUAUUUGCCCUUGGGAAACAGUUACCAAAAAUGAUGGAGCAGGAUAGAGAGAUAAACACAAACAGACCCAAACAGGAAAAGAAAGAUAUUCAGAGAUAUACACAUAUGUACUGAUCAUCCUGUCCACCUAGAUAUGCUCUAGGAGGAGAUGUUCAAAGUAACACCAUGACAAGCUUGUUUAUAUUUCUGAUAGCUUUUAGUGCCUACAUGUUCUAGUAGCUGAUAACAUGCUGUAAUAGUAAUAGACUGUGGGUCUUUUUUAGCUGUGGGGAUAUUUGUAGAUGCAUAUUCUAUUAUUUGUGAGGCUGUGACAGAAGGAGGCCUUAUUUUAGAAGUGCUUUCUUUAAAAAAAAACUCGUCAAAAUGUUUAGUACUGCAAAAGUUUUGUACUUGGUAUGUUUAUCGUUUUAUAUCUAUCAGAAAUGCAUUUAUGUAUGUAUGAAAUAUUUUCGUAGUUGUAUCUUUAGGAAGACAGUAUGUUGAAGUUUACUGUCUGAAUGUAUUACCUUUAAAUCGUUUACAGUUCACUACAGAAAUGUGAAUGUGGUCAUUGCUCAUAUCUGACUGGUGUAAGUGCCUAAAUAAAAUAUUAUACAUUUAAGUAAAUUUUCUUUUUCAAAUAAAACCAAAAGUGACUAACCUGAUACACCCUUAAUAAAGUGUCUUAAGGUCAGGUCAGGAAGGUCAGGAUUCAAUAGUAAGUUACAAAUUCAUCAGGUAUCUUUCUAUCCAUAAACCACAUCCCUCCUUUCUGUGUGGAGUUUGCAUGUUCUCCCCGUGGCUGUGUGGGUUUCCUUCGGGAGCGCCAGUUUCCUCCCACAGUCCAAAAACAUGCAAGUGAGGUGAAUUGGAGAUUGUGAGACAAAAUUGUCCAUGACUGUGUUUGACAUUAAACUUGUGAACUGAUGAAUCUUGUGUAACCAGUAACUACCGUUUCUGUCAUGAAUGUAGCCAAAGAGUGUAAAACAUGACGUUAAAAUCCUAAUAAAUAAAUA